AUGUUCCGGUCCUCGACCCUUGUUCUACUGAAAUCCAAAUUAACAGCACGAUUCGUUUUGAUGCAUCUUUACAGUACACUGGGAGCAGCGUCUGAUUUGAUUUUGACUGAUAGGUGUGUUCGACGGCUGAAGGAAGUGGCAGAACGGGGUGAAUGUCUAAGAGUAUUAGUUGAUGGUGGCGGGUGUUCCGGAUUUGAAUACAAAGUGGAGUUUGACACGAAAGAGAAUGAUGAUGAUUACGUUUUCGAGAAAAACGGAGUGAAAGUUUUGGUGGAUAAAUUAUCUCUCGAGUAUAUGAAAGGUUCAACAUUGGAUUAUACUGAAGAUCUUAUGAGAGCAGCUUUUAGGAUUGUUAAGAACCCGAUUGCAACGAAAAGUUGUUCUUGUGGGUCGUCCUUUGCUGUGAAGUUAGAUUGA